AUGCGGCCUCGCACGCCCAAUAUCGCACAAGCACUACGCCGACGAGACAGAAGCGCAGAAGACGGUCGACAACAUUUCGAUUCCGACAUCCCUCAAACGUCGAGCCAAUACGAGGACGAACACCGAUGGUGGAAAAGGCGGCGGCGGCGGCGCGACGCGGACCGUCGCGACAACGCCGACGACGGCGACGACCACCGCGGCGAACCAUCGCCACCUCUAGGCUUCAUUUAUUCAAAGCCGGUGUGCACAUCGACGCCGCAACGAAAUCCGAGAGACAACGAGCAGGAAGAAGCAAGAAAUUGGAAGCAGGAAGAGAAGCGCCGGCACAAUUCUAGGCGAAGUCGUCAUUCAAAUUUUAUUUUUCAACAACGUGUAAAUGCCAGCGAGAAGUGCACCAUUUGGUCAGACGCAGAAAUACCCGAACUCUGCUCAGCUGGAACUCAGUCACGGCUCCGUAUGCUAAGACAUAUCUACCUUUUUCCAGAACUUCAGCCGCUGUCAUUAAUUGAUCUAUUUGGUGGCUGGAAGGAUGACAACGGCAAGUGGCAGCUUCAAACCGGCGAGAAGGGCAACGACUGUAUUGCAGGCAGUAUUAAUCGGUGUACCACAUGCUUCCAGAGACUGUCAGGAAUUCUUCGUAAGCUGGAUGAAGCAUUCAAAUCGUUUGAUGUCACACUGUCGAGAUUUGAUUGCUUACCCGCAGUUGAUACUGCCUCAGCAACGCGGCCAUUCUCGCCCAAUGCCACAUGUGAAAAUUGCAAGAUCUGGUAUCGCCGUUGGCUGCUGGUUCAAUCGUUGCAGAUUUGGAAACGUCCACCAUGCGUCAAUUGGUGCUAUUACACUCAGUUGGCGUGUCCGCAUUUAGCGCCUGCCAAGCUUUGGGAUUACGCCGGCCAUCCCUCGUUUCAAUGUCGAGACAUGGAUAUCGACAGUUGGCGUCAGGAAUGUGACUGUGUGCAUCCAUGUGAUGUUAAGGGUGUCGUGGAUACCAUUGUCACUGGAAACGCGCCAUCAUUUCGCCAUGAUUUCUUUGCUGCUCAGGUGCACUGCGAGACGCGUAAAAAAGAAUGUCACACACGCUCGACGGCGCAUGAUCGGAGAUUGUCGGCCUCAUUGUCGAAUGAGGAUGAGGAUGAAUAUGAGCAGACAACGAGUACCAGUUUUGGGUACACCGGCUGGGGAUCACCUCAACGUCUACUAACAUUCUUCCUCAUUUUAUUGUUGAUGUUAUAA